AUGGAAAAUGAUUAUUUGAAAUCUAUUCAAACAAUGUUCUCAAUAGUAAUAGUAGAAUCCUCUAAUCAAUAAUCUACUUAAGAAUUACUUGGAGAUUUUUACAGAUAUUUAGAUUCUAUUUCAAAUGAAAAAUAACUUACUUAACUUCAAUAAUUAAUAAAAGUUUGUUAUGAAAGUCCAGAUACUUAAGAUGAUAAGAAAUAGAUUUUGAAUUAAAUUAGAUUAAGAGUUAAACAAAAGAUUCCAAAUACUAAUUAAGAUCAUAGCCAAUUUUUAGUUGAAAUGAAUAAUAAAAAUCAAAAGAGAGUAGGUGUUUCAAUAUUAAAUAAUGAUGGAAGUUUUAGUAUAAUAUUAUAUAAAAUUAGUUCUUACUGAUCAAUUAACUAGAAAAAUAUUAGAAAUUAAGAAUGUAUCAGAAAUCUAAAAAAGAUUGUUUGAAUAUUGUGCUGUUGCUGGUUAAACUAACUUAAUGAAAUAAUUUCAUGAAAAAUCUAAUUUUCUUGAAUAAAAUGAAGUAGAAAAACAAUUUUAAAUGACAAUUUAUUCUGAGAAAACAAGAAAAAAAGCACUGAAACAUUUGAAUCAGCAAUCAAAAAAAGUCAAAAAAAGUUAAUAACAAAAACACUUGAGUGCUACAAAAACACGAGUAUCUAAAUAAAAUAAUUAAUCUUAAACUUUUAAUUAUUGGGACAAAAUUAAGAUUAAAUAUUUAAAAACUAUUACAAUAAAAAUAACAAAAGUGAUUAUGUCUGUCAAUGAAGAAUUCUUAGAUUCAAUCAAAAAUUCAAAUCAAAUUUAUGGGAGUUAACAACUUUAACUUAUGGCUUAAAAUUCAAAGCAAAUGUAUAAUGUUGUAAAGUGUGAAAUUUCAGAAAAUCCAUUUGUUGAAGAAAUACAUCAAGAUGAUAUAUUAAAUGAUUAAAAGCUUUUAAAUUAUGAAGGUAUUCUUUAAAUUUUAUUUCUAGAUAAGUGGAAAAAAAAGUGCGAACAGAUCAGCAAAGAAUUAAAAAAACCCAAAGAAUAAUAAGGAAAAAUUGAAAAUCAUUUCUAAAAUUAUUAUGGAGCAAAUACAGAUUUACAAUUAGAUCACAACUCUCAUCAAAUAUAAUAUUAAUGGUAUUGACAGAUUUCCC